AUGGACAGGUGUCAGCAUCUAAGGUACUACAAGAGACUUGCAACUACAUCAGGAACUUACACAGGGAGGUUGAUGAUCUCAGUGAUCGUUUGUCGGAACUCUUGGCCUCGACGGACGACAACAGUGCCGAAGCAGCCAUCAUUAGGAGCUUGCUUGAUUAUUAAAAUUCUCAUUAAUUAA